AACAACCCAGACCUCCUGUCAUUGUUUUCAGUCUCACCACCAAAGGUACAGAGUUUCUUCUUGCCUAUCUCACGAACAUCCGAGAACUUUGCAAAGCAUCAACCCUCUACACGAACAGCUGCAGCAUUACAAAAUGGCACCCAGCUACAACUCAAAGGCGAACCCCAACGGCUACAAGUCGAUGGGAAAACGGCCCACCAAUUUUAAGAAGAACCUCUUUGUAUCUCCUGAGGAGCAGGCCGCAGUCGACGAGUUCCACGCCUUUUAUGCGAAGUUGGACAUGGAGGAAAAGAACAACAAGAAGUCGCCUUACCAACCAGCCGACCAUGACACGCCCAGGGCAAAGAUGGAGAAUCCGCUCCCUCCUGGAGCCAAGGGGCUAGCCUCCUCACGUUGGGCUAAGAAAGAGGAGGAGGACCCGAAGCCGCAAUUUCCUGAGGCAACCAAGGACCCGAAGCCGCAGUUUUCCGAGGCAACCAGAGGGCUUGCUAGUUCUCGAUUUCCCAAGAAGCCUUCUGGUAAGAGGAACGGAAAGGCUACUUACACCAAGAAGUGGAAGUUCACUCCCGAGGAGGACGCCGCCGUGAAGGCGUUUUUUGCUGAAUCACCGGAGGACGAAGAGCAGAAGGAAAAUGGUGAAUCUGUUUACCGGCCAGCCGAUCACGACACACCCAAGGCAAAGAUGGAGAACCCGCUCCCUCCCGGAGCCAAGGGACUAGCCUCCUCACGCUGGGCUAGAAAGGAAGAUACAUUUUUUGCCCCUUCGACGACAUCGACCUCAGAUGCUUGA